CAGAAAACGACAACACUAAAGAUGGCGGCGAUGCGGAAGAUGGGAAGAAAGUACUCGUCUGUGGGAAUAUUCGCUUUAUUAUGCCUGCAAAUCUGCUCUCUGAAAUGUUAUGCAAUGCCAGUGUCAGCUGACAAGGUGCUGGAGAGUACUGAAAAUGAAACCGAUAACAUCACAGGAAUGCUAAACAAGAAUGUGCCAACCACUCAGUCUGACAGUAAGUUGAAUGAAAUGACUGAAGUGUUGAUUACAACAGCAGCUACUGGCAAUACCACCACCAUAGCAUCCACUGCUCCUCCUCCUCCUGUAACUGCUGCCCCAGACAACAGUGUGAACCUUCCAGAGCAUGCCACAUCGACCAAAUCCAGUUCAGAAGAGUCCACCAGCACACCUGCAAACAAGCAACCUACCACCUCCACCCCUGCUGGAGAGACAACAGAGAUACGUUUCAAUAACAGGGAUGGACCAGAUGUGGAACUUACUGUUUACACAAAUGGCAAAGAUGAAGAUGAAGAUAAUGAUGAUGAUUAUGAUGGUAUGAAUGACAGUCAGGUAAAUGAAGAAAACCAGGGCAUUGGGAAAGACCUGUUCCCUGAAGUUUAUAACUCUCCCUUUGAAAGCUCUGAGACAAUUGCUGUAAACAUCAAGGACACAACCAUCUAUACAACUCAGGAUGAAGACUCACACUUCUUCUUUCACCUGGUCGUCAUCGCCUUUUUAGUGGCCAUUGUCUACAUCACCUACCACAACAAGAGAAAGAUCAUGUUACUGGCUCAAAGUCACCGCUGGAGGGACGGCUUCUGCUCACGCGGCAUCGAGUACCACAGACUCGACCAGAAUGUCAACGAGGCCAUGCCUUCACUCAAGAUGACCAAUGACUACAUCUUCUGACCAGCUACAUGAAGUUUAGUGAAGGAAAACACAUGCAAACAGCUGAUUUCGUCUACACAUGGUGUCUUAUUUAAUCAGGGGAGAAUUGUGAUAAUUUAUUUUAUGUGCACUCUCUUUCCUUUAAAAAAAAAAAAUGCGGUUGUAUAUUUUGGUUUUACUUUGUGCUUUCUUUGGUUUCAUGAGUGCAGGUGUUUUAAAAUGGUUGAUGCAACUGAUGCUUUUCAAGCUUUCGAACAUUUUUGCUCUUAAUUUUGUUGUCUUAACCUCUGUAGGAUGAAUGUAAUGGAUUAAUUCUAAAGAAAAUCAAAUUAAGGUAUAUCCAUGUGAGUAUUUGAUUAUAACACUUUCUGUUAAACCUGGUAUGAAAAAGGCCUAGAAUGAACAAAGUAAUUUAGAUUUUCUCUGCUAUAUAAAAGCGCACAGAAAUGUGGCAUGUUAUGCCUUCAAUGUUGAAAUCUGCCCUGAAAAACACAUUUUAUAUUUUGUUUUGACUCCAUAACUGCAUUUGUUUUCUUUUUGCCUUUAUGAAGAUAUAGUUUGCAACAGCAAUUGCCAAUAGACAUUGUGAGUAAUACUGCCUUACAAAGGCAAAACGCUGUAACUACACACAAUUACAAUUUACAAACAAUUUUGUCUAGAUUGAGUAAUGACUGAAAUCAAGUCUCUUAGACAAGGAUCUGUCUUGCAACAGAUGAGUUUGGCUCAACAUUUCUCAAAUUUAGAGAAAAUUGAAUAUUAAAAUUGUAGUAAAAAAAUCUGUUACAUUGUUUGUGUAGUUGCUGUGUUUUGCCUUUGUAGGUCACAAUAGUUUUAUUGAUGUGCAUAUCCAGUAACUCCAGUACAGCAAUACCGUGAAGUUAGAGCUAAAUUUGAUCUGCCGUGUGCUUUGCUAUGCAGCAAUUUUUGGGGUGGUUCCUGUUUGUUUUACGACUUCAAUGAAGUUGUUUUAAUUGCACAUGCUGACCUGGAUUUGUCAUUGCCAAAGGUCUGGAGAUAUAUAUGAAAAAUUAGGCUGUAAGUGUUUAGUUUCAUUUAUAUACUCUAAAAGCAAUACAUAUGGCUGUUGCCCAAAUUCAGCAUAGCUAUGUCAGGAGCAGUCAAAAUAGAGCUGGAUUGCCACCGCUUUAACUCUUUAGUAAGCCUUACUUUUGUCAAUGAAUAAUAAUUAAUGCAGUGAUGAACUGAAUCAUGUCACUGUUUUCAAAGAAAGCACAAGAAGAUUGUGUCUAAGCAUGCAGUAUGUUGGUUGCCUCUUCAGUUAUUAGAAAUAAUUCUUCAAUAAAGCAUGAACUGUAACUGGAUCAUUAAUUGUGUCUCACCUC